ACUCAUGUACCAUCAGUGUAUUUGUGUGUGUGUGUGUGUUUGUGUGUGUGUGUGUGUGUGCGUGCGAGCCAAAAAGUGGCUCCUAGUCGUGAUCACCCCUUUCUUUUAAAAAAGGCCAUCAUUUGACAUAAAACUAAAAAGCAUAAAAAUUAAUACUAAUAUAAUAAACACAUUAUUACUCUUUCAGGUUUUUAUGCACAGGUUUUGACACGAAUCACAAAGAUAUCUGACAUGCUCAAGACUGGCUCCAUUGGAGGGGAAGGGAAUAAUACAGAGGUCACUUGAUUGAAGUCAGAUAUACUUUUAAUCUGCAGGUUUUAACUGACAAAAGCAUUUAAAUGCUGCCUUUACUCAUUUAGCAGAAGACUGGAAAUAUGUGAUGCCAGAGUUCAGAGUGGGAAAUUUGAUUAAGACACCAAAAGGAAAUUUCACACUGCUUCAAAUGAUUUUCCCCCUGGUGUGAGUGACCUGAAAUGACACCAUAUCCCUUCAGUUUAUUUUUUUAUUUUUUUGUAUUUUUUUACAUGGCUACUUUAGUUUAAGUUUUUGCACGCUGCCCUCUAUAUACAGUAUAAAAGCUGCUGUUUAAAAGCUGGCCUUAGCAUCACCAAAAGCAGCUUGUCACAUGCUUAAUUAAUGAGGUUGAAUGGCGGGUUUGUGUUUUGCAAUGAAUGUCUUGUGUGUUUAAUAUUGGGAUUCAUUUUUUCUUAUUACAACUUGUAAGAACUGCGGGACGUCUUUGUCUUGUUUGAGCUGUUGGAGACGAGAAAAUAGCGUGCACGCACACAGUCACUCUCACACAGACACACACAAACACAUGCACACGCACACACACACACACACACACAUGCUGAGUGCAUUAAUUAAUGUGGAAUUAAGAUCGUUUUUUUAAAGGGUGUGGUUUUGUUGCCCAGUGACUCAGAUAACUGCUGAGAGACUAGCUUUCUCCAAUAUAAUUUUCACCCUUGUUGCGGAAUUGCACACAGGACCGUCCAUUUUUGUUUUUUGUUUUAAUUUGGCAGUGAAAACUCUUCACACAUCUGUUGCAGCAUGUUGGAGAGCAACACAUGAUUUGGAAAGAGAGGACUGACAGCCUUGCCUAGUGCCCGGCCUCUGUUCAGCCAUCUCCACCAGCAAACUGAAGCUUGACCCGCACUUCAUCACCAGCCGCACGUCAUCUAACUGUCACAUCAGUUGCAAGGGGAUGACCGAGCGCAUUCAUAACAUCAAUCUCCACAACUUCAGCAAUUCUGUACUUGAGACCCUCAAUGAGCAGCGCAACCGUGGGCACUUUUGUGAUGUGACUGUUCGGAUCCAUGGAAGUAUGCUGCGAGCUCACCGCUGCGUGCUGGCCGCUGGAAGCCCCUUCUUUCAGGACAAGCUGCUUUUGGGCUACAGCGACAUUGAGAUCCCCUCUGUGGUCUCGGUGCAAUCCAUCCAAAAGUUGAUUGACUUUAUGUACAGCGGGAUUCUGCGAGUGUCUCAGUCGGAGGCCCUGCAGAUCCUAACUGCAGCCAGCAUCUUGCAGAUCAAGACCGUCAUCGAUGAGUGCACUCGCAUCGUGUCCCAGAAUGUGGGCCUGGCAGGCCCGGGAGGCUUCCCCGUUAUACCAGGAGACUCUGGUCAGGACACCCCCCGUGGCACACCAGAGUCCGGCACGUCCGGGCCGAGCAGUGACGCCGAGUCGGGCUGUAUGCAAACGUCGACCCAGCAGAACGUGGAUCGAGCGUACACGUCGCUGUACUCCUACUCCUGCCUCUCCAAUGGCACCCGGGAGCGCUCCCUUUACAUCAACCCCAUGGCGACCAAUUACGAUCCGAGUGUCGGUGCUCAGAAAAACCAGCAGUCGCAGGAUCCCCCCUGGAUGAACCGCAUCCAGGAUAGAUCACAGCAGGUAGACCGCUUCAUCACCACGGCCGAAUCCACGCACUGUCGCAAGCAGCCCCGACCGGUACGCCUACACACAGGUGGGAUGCACAUCAAGCAGGAGGCCGAAGAUGAGUACGGCUGCUUCGACAAUGUAGGGGACUGCCAGGUGGAGAAUGACCACACUCAGGGUGUGGUGAAUGAGUCCAAGGUGGAAAGUUUUGACUCGGGUGUCAGCUCCUCCAUCAGUACUGAGCCAGACGCCAUGGAGCAGCAGCCCUACCUGAGCUUUAACCGGGAUGGCGCCGGCGAAGUCCAGCAAGGGGAAGGCGGUCCGGUGCAGAUCGAGGUCAACGACUCGUCCCCGGAGCAAGUGCAGGAGCCUGACGAGGGUGACCAGAGCCACAGCACUAGUGACAGUACCAUGAUGCAACACCUGCCAAACCCCAUAAUGUCCCAAUCCCUGGCCAGCACACCGCACUACCUGCGGCAGGUCGAGUCACACACCAGCAAUCUCCGAAUGCCGCACACCGUGACCAGCAAUUCUCAAGUGAUGGGCGCCGCCGGGGGCACCUUCUUGCCCACGCUCUUCCCGCCGCAGCCGGCCAGAGACAACAAGUCUUUUAUUUACCUUCCCGGUCAGCAGCAGGCCCAGUUUGUGACGGUGCCGCCCCCCGCCAUGCCAUCGUUCCCCAACGCCAUGGCCGUGCCGCCAGCGCCAUCCCAGCAGCAGCAGGCAAUGAGUCAGGGGGAGAAGAAACCCUAUGCAUGCACUCUCUGCUGUAAAACCUUUACUGCAAAACAGAACUACGUCAAACACAUGUUUGUGCAUACUGGAGAGAAGCCUCACCAGUGCAGCAUCUGCUGGCGCUCGUUCUCCCUGAAGGAUUACUUAAUCAAACACAUGGUGACCCACACAGGGGUGCGGGCCUACCAGUGCAGCAUUUGCAACAAGCGCUUCACCCAGAAGAGCUCUCUCAACGUCCACAUGCGGCUGCACCGUGGCGAGAAGUCGUACGAGUGUGUCAUCUGCAAGAAGAAGUUCUCCCACAAAACCCUGCUGGAGCGCCACAUGGCCUUGCACAGCACAGGCAGCGCCAUCGCAGGGCUGACUGGCGUCACCGGCAACCCGGGCUCCGUUUCCAUCCCCAUUCCCCUCCCCAUGGCCGUCCCCGAGCCCGGCGCCGGGGUGGUGGCCCUCGCCAUGCCAGUGAGCGGAGGUGCAGGAGAAGGGCCCGGGGUCGGAAUGGGAGUGGGGAUGGCCGCGGAGGCGAGCUGCCAAGAAGGGACCACCUACAUGUGUUCUGUCUGCCCCGUCAAGUUCGACCAAAUGGAGCACUUCAACGACCACAUGCGAAUGCAUGUCUCUGACGGAUAAGUACAACUUGAUAAACUUCUCCAAAAGAAUGACAAACAAAAUGGCACUAGAUUUUCCUUUUCUUCUUUUGAGGUAUGGAGAGUAAUGAGUAUAGACACUGGCACAUUAAGUUUCCCAAAAAAAAAAAAAAACAGAUUUUCUUUUUUGUUAUUCUAAAUAAACAAAAAGAUGGUGGCCUUAAGGCUUAGUAGUUGGAUAUUGAUCUACUGGAUGGAUCCUAACUACAGGCCUCUAAAUGUAUGAUUUCCUAAAAUACUGAUUUAUGUGUUGAACACUACCGAAAGGCCUACGAAAGAAAGACAUACACACAAACACACCUUUAGUGUAGAUCUAUUUGAGUGAAUAUAAGUGGUUAUUGUGUGUGGAUCUGCAUGUGUCCCAGUGUGGGUGUGUGUGUGUGUUUGUGAUGCCAUUUAAAAUGGCUGUUGUGAACCCAUCCUGACCAGUUUGGAAGCGAUAAAUGUCCAGACUUACUGUGGUAUAAUUUACAACAACAAUAACAACAACAAAAAUCGUCUGGGUGGGGUUCCAUAUUCCCUCUAAAAUACUGACAGUCACAAGAUUGCCUUCUAAAAGUCAAUUUAAAAAAAAAAAGAGAGUAGUAAAUUUGACACUGGG